AUGGCAGGUGGUCCCAAGAAACCCCUCAACGUUUUUCGUAUGAAAAACCUGGGGGAUCCUAAACAGGUGUACAACUGGCGGCUAUGGUUUGCUGUCAUCUCCUUCGGUCUCAUGGGUGCCGCCCGCGGUGUCGAUGAGGGAUUGAUCUCGGGUGCCUUCAACUCCAGGGACUUCCAGCGGACCAUCAACUUCGACUCUUACAGCUCGGUGGAGCAGACCAACAUCAAGGCCAACGUGUCGGCCAUGGUGCAGAUUGGCUCUGUCGGCGGUGCUCUUUUUGCUUUCUUGGUUUGUGAUCGCAUCGGCCGUAUCUGGGCUACUCGUCAGCUUUGCGUGCUCUGGAUUGUGGGUAUUGCCAUCUUCAUGGGAGCCAACGGCAACUUGGGCGCCGUCUAUGCCGGACGUUUCGUGGCUGGACUGGGAGUUGGACAAACAGUCGUCGUGGGACCCGUGUACCUUGCAGAGAUUGCACCGGCAUCCAUUCGAGGUCUUUGCACAUGUAUCUUCACAGGUUUCGUGUACCUGGGUAUAGUGCUUGCCUACUUCACCAAUUAUGGCUGCCAGAUCAACAUGGGAGACAACACACACAAGCGAUGGGAGGUGCCCACCAGUCUGCAUAUCAUCUUCGCCGGUCUCAUCAUCUGCCUGUCUUUCCUCCAGUACGAGUCUCCUCGUUUCCUGGUGAAGAAGGGCAAUUACGAGAAGGCCCUGGAGAAUUUGUCCCGCAUCCGUCAUCUUCCCACGGACCAUGAAUACAUUGUGCAGGAGAUCACCGCCAUCCGCAACUCCCACGAGACCGAGAUGGAGGCCACCCGCGGGUCCGGUCCUAUCGGUGUUCUGAAAGAGGCAUUCUUGGAGCCCAAGAACCUGUUCCGUCUUUAUAUUGCCUGCGGUGCGCAGCUCCUGUCGCAGUGGUCGGGUGCCGGAUCCAUCACUCUGUACGCGCCCGAUCUUUUCAAGAUCUUGGGUAUUGACGGAGAGAACGAGUCGCUGCUGGUGACCGGUGUCUUCGGUAUCGUCAAGCUGGUGUCGGCCGUUGUCUGCGCCUUGUUCCUGGUCGACGUGAUCGGUCGGAAGCGGGCACUGUUGAUCGGAAUUACGCUGCAAGCCAUCGCGAUGGUCUACAUUGCGGGCUUCCUCACCAAUUCCCCGCAGAUGGGCGUCGACGACAGCUUUGUGCUACCCGACAAGAAGGUGCCCGCCAGCCGCGGCGCCAUCGCGAUGAUGUACAUCUCGGGUGUUGGCUGGGCGCUGGGGUGGAACUCGAUGCAGUACCUGCUGACGGCCGAGCUGUUCCCGCUGCGCAUCCGGGCGCUGUCCACCUCGCUGGCCAUGACGCUGCACUUUGUCAACCAGUACGGCAACUCGCGCGCGGUGCCCAACAUGCUGAUGGGCCAGCAUGAAGGCGGACUCAGCCCGCACGGCACGUUCUGGUUCUUCGCGGCGGUCACCAUCUUCGGUGGGCUCUGGGUGUAUGUGACGGUGCCUGAAACGGCCGGUCGCAGUCUGGAAAGCAUGGACCGGCUGUUCGAGCUCCCGUGGUACAAGAUCGGACUGUUCGGCAACCGCGACGCCGACCAGCGCGACCUGAUCAUGUCGGACAAGGUGGAGAUGGCCGAGGGAACACGCGACGAGCAGGUCGAGCGCACGGAGCGCAUCGACAACUCGUCUCGCGUGUAGUUUUUUCGUGGAUCAUGGACGAAUAACGUACCUGGGUUAUGUCUGGCUGUGUUAUGCGUGGUCCCUGGUGGACCCAUUAGUGAUAUGAACUGAAUGAUACCGCGUCAUGUUUAUUUUUAUUUUGAUUAUCUUCCUGUAGCCACAUUCCUCGGCCACCGCCGAUCGCCGACGGAGCUCAUCCACCGUCAGUCUGCGCCAGAUUGGGG